AUGUGGCAAACAAAGAGGCACAGAGGUACAGGGAGAAGCUUGUGUUUCUCCCUAUGUAUUCUUUUGUGGUUCAUGGAAGGAAGAUUAUGUACGGGGAGUGACAAACUUUCAGAGGGCGAUUCUCUUUCAGGCAAUGACACAAUAAUAUCCGAAAAGGGCACUUUUGAAAUGGGAUUUUUCUCCAAAAAAACAGGUACUUCUGAUAAUCUGUAUCUAGGCAUAUGGUACAAGGAUUUUGAAGAAAAAACCAUAGUUUGGAUAGCAAAUAGAAGAACACCUCUGCGUAAUAUGCCUAGUUCGAAACUUGUAAUCUCUGGAAAUGGUAUAGUUUUGUUUGAUGAGUUUGAUAUGGUAUGGUCUUCACGUAUGAGUUCAUUAUAUCUAGCUUCUGUUGAAGCAGUGCUUCUUGAUAGUGGUGAUUUAGUUGUAAGAGAUGUCUCGAAGCCGUCUGUCAUAUUCUGGCAGAGUUUUGAUCAUCCAACUGAUACAUGGCUACCGGGAGCAAAACUCGGGUUCCAUAAGGUUAAUAACAUAAGGCAGAAUCUCACAUCGUGGAAAAAUGCAGAUGAUCCUUCUUCUGGUAUAUUCUCAGUGGGGUUAUCCACAGUUGAAACUGGUGGAUACAUUUUGAAGUGGAAUAUGUCUUAUAAUUAUUGGGGGAGUGGACACUGGGAUGGAACGAGAUUUGGUUCAGUACCUGAAAUGAACUAUAUCACCAAAUUUAACCUUGUAUCCAAUGAAAAUGAAAGCUAUUACACUUAUGACGUUGUUAAUCCUAGUGUUCUAACAAUGUUUAGGAUAAUGCCAUCCGGAAUGUUUCAGCAGUUUACAUCUUUAAAAUCCCCCAAUAAUUGGAGUGUAAUCUUAGUUCAACCUCGAAAUCAAUGUGAUAUUUUUGCAUCUUGUGGAGCAUUUGGCAUAUUCCGCGAGAACCCUUCAACAACCUGCUCGUGUUUGGAUGGUUUUUCCCCAAUAUCUGCUGAAGCAACGCAUCGAAAUGAUUGGUUUGGUGGCUGUGAAAGAAAAAACCGUCUGCAGUGUGAAAAUAGUACUUUAGGGAAAGGAAAAAAAGACGGGUAUUUGAACAUUUCAAACAUUAAAUUGCCUGCUAACUCUAAAGUAUAUCAUGCUCAGAAUGACAAACAAUGUAAAUCAGCCUGCACGCAGAAUUGCACCUGCACUGCUUAUGCAUUCAAUGCUAGCGGGUGCUUCAUCUGGGAAGGAGCUUUAUAUGAUGUACGUCAACUUUCAAACCAUGACUACACUAAACAAGAUCUGUACCUGAAAGUUUCCAACUCCGAUCUUCCUGAUACUCCAGGAAAAAGAAAGUUAUUGGAGGUGGUAGUGGCAGUGCUGGUUCCAUUGGUUGUACUUUUUUCAGGAGGCUUUAUAGGAUGCUUUUACACAAGGAAGAUCAAACAAAAAGGGAAUAAGAGCUCAGGACAGGAUUUAUUGUCAUUUGAUUUUAACUAUAGCGAUAAUAGAACAUAUGAUGUAACAAAUAGGCUAGAGGCAGGUAAAGAGGACUUCAAUUUGCCAAUGUUUAGUUAUGCAAGUGUUUCUAAAGCGACAGAUGACUUCUCAGUAGAGACUAAGCUUGGAGAGGGAGGAUUUGGACCAGUUUACAAGGGAAAAUUAAUAAAUGGCCAAGAAAUAGCCGUGAAGAGGCUUUCCCAAAGAUCUGCACAAGGUCUGGAUUUCUUCCUAUUUGAUUUGAAGAAACAAAAGAUUCUAGAGUGGGCAACACGAGUUCGUAUCAUUGAAGGGAUUGCUCAAGGACUUGUUUAUUUACAUGAAUAUUCAAGGUUGCGUAUUGUUCAUCGAGAUUUGAAGGCCAGCAACAUCUUAUUAGACAAUGAAAUGAACCCGAAGAUAUCAGAUUUUGGCAUGGCACGUAUGUUUGGUGGCAACAAUUCGCAGGCUAAUACACAGAGAAUUGUUGGAACAUAUGGUUAUAUGGCUCCUGAGUACGCAAUUGAAGGCCUUUUCUCCAUCAAGUCCGACGUGUUCAGUUUUGGAGUAUUGGUUCUUGAAAUUGUAAGUGGCAAGAAGAACACUGGUUUUUAUCAGAAAGACUCCCUCAAUCUUCUUGGACAUACAUGGGAAUUAUGGACUUCAAAUAGAGGAGUGAAACUAUUGGACCCUGCACUCGGUUCUCCAAAGCCUUCAUUGUUAAGAUACAUUAACUUGGGACUUCUGUGUGUCCAAGAAAAUCCAAAUGAUCGACCUACAAUGUCAACUGUUAUUUCCAUGCUCACCAAUGAAGUUGCACCUUUGCCGGCACCCAAGCAGCCGGCAUUUGCUUUCAGUCAAAGUUUGAUGAACACGGCCUCGACAUCUAAUAGCUGUUGUAAUGGAAUCUCCUUUGCUUUCAAGGCACCGGAAUUAAAGCAUUCUGCAAUGUCCAUAUCUUUAAUCCGUCUUCGACUUUGUGCUAAAAUGGCCAUUGCUAUGAAUCCAAAUGCCUUGACUGCAUUCAUGGCAAUGGAUGUAUGUAUUAGCAACAAUUCUUUCAGAACACCAAUUUUGUCUGCCACAUGA